GCGCAGCGACGGGGAGUAGCCACGUUGACAAGUGAAGCUACACGGAGGAGGAGUGCCUUACUUCGGAGUGAGCAAACCUACCAGCUGCUGUCUUCCGUGCUGGACUCGCGACUGCCCUGUUGGCGGCGGCGGCGGUUCCAGAGCAAACAAUGUCUUCGCCGCCCAAAGUCAAAGCAGAAACCCGCGCUGGACAUCCUCCCGCCGUCAAAGCUGGUGGAAUGAGAAUUGUACAAAAGCAUCCACAUGCUCCAGAUACCAAAGAAGACAAAGAUAAAGAUGAUCAGGAAUGGGAAAGUGGCACCAGUCCACCUAAACCAACUGUGUUUAUUUCUGGUGUAAUAGCAAGGGGUGAUAAAGACUUCCCUCCAGCUGCAGCACAAGUGGCCCACCAAAAACCACAUCCCUCUGUGGAAAAGCUUCCUCCCCCACAACAUGUCAAUCAAUACAUCCAUCAGCCCCGUAAAUGAAUCGCCUGUCCCAGACCAGCCGUGGUGUUUUGCAAAUGGAAAGAUUAAGAGAUUUCUACUAUCAGAUCUUUUAAAAAUGGGUAUCUCAUGCUUUUGCCUUAAUUCCUAUGGUUUAAAUGGUUUAAUGAAGGGGAGGGGAGAGUAGAAAGAGGGAAAAUCACUUAAUUUGUUCCCAGCUGAAAAGCAGAGUUUUCUGUACUGCCAGUGAAAAAUGUUACGUUCAUAGCAAUGCAACACACUGCGGGUAGUUUAGGUUAGUAAUUUCUUGGAAUAAUUAUUUUAAGCUUUUUCUAUUCUUGGGUAUUGGCAUUCCAGGAACAUGUUAAGGAAGUUGUAAUGGCUUAUAACUUUUACUUGCUGUUUUUUAAUGAAUUUUUUAAAAAAUAUGUGUGAUUCAGAUUUCAUUUGGAUUGUUCUUGUUCUGUUGUUAAAUGUGUUUCAGGAAGAACUAGCUGCUUAUAUUUUUUUUAAUGAAUAAUCUGAAAUGAAAACAUUUCUCUUGCAAUAUGUCAUCUUUUAAGAGAAUGAUCCUGCAGCUCUGGCAACAUAGCCAAACAUUCUGUUUGUAGCCUGGUUCUCUGCAUUUCUUUCCAGAUUAAUAGAAGAAUGAGCAAAAAAUUAAAAGAUUGUAUAGAUCUGCUUAUUGCUUAAUUUUUAGAUACUCCUGAGGUUUUGGCACUUUUUCACCUUUUCACCUGUUUUUACAUAUGCAGGAAUCAGAUAUGCAGUCUUUCCUACAAAUAAAACUGUCGAUUACGGUACAUGGAAA